GCCAACUACGCAUGCUCAAUUUUUCGUUACGAAGUCGGUCCGAUGAACAGAUUCACGUCGCUUUUGAAGGAUGCUGUCUACCACAUCAAUAAAAUAGACAAUGAUUCAGCCCUCAAUCCUCAAUUCAGACAAAUGUAUGAGCAGCAGAGAGUGCAGCUGCUUAGGGCUGUUUCGAGGGCCGUGAAGCAAGUACAGCUGGAACACGCUUCUUUGUCGGCUUCUACAUCUGAUGAGAAUGAAAUUAUUAUCCGAAGUGGGAAACCAACCUUUCAGCUGUGUAGCUGCUGUGAAAUCGUGUUACGCCACGGCUUGAAAGAAAGUGUUCUUCAUUUUGGUGGAAAGCCGUCUUUUUGGUCACUCGCUAAGCAAGUGUCUCGAAAGGAAGCUAUUGAAUAUAUUAACAGUUUGGAUCAGGCAAAGUCAGACUUGGGACGAUGCAGGGCAUGGCUACGGCUUGCUAUCAACGAGAAUUCACUGCAAAGUUACAUUACCACCAUACUCAACGAUGUUUCACUCAUAAAGUAUUACUAUGACCUCCAUGCAUUUGUUUUGGAUGUUGACAAGGCUGAAGCCAUGGCCAUGAUGAUUUCAGGCAUUGCAAACUUCAACUUCGACAUGCCAAUCAACACCGCGGCUCUCGAGUAUGAACCAACCCCACUUGCUCAAAUGUGGGGAUCUCUUGCCAAGACAUCGUGGAUUAAUAAAGAAUCACGUACAACGGGUGGUGGGGGAAGAGCAGGUCAAAAAGUUGAAAGAGUGAGAAAGAAACGAGUUGCAAGGAGAACUGGUGGCAACACAGCUGAAGGAAGGGAAAUUCGCCAAGUAGAAGGUCAACACAAUCAGGAGGAAAUACUUGGUCAACCCUCAGAUAUGACACGGGAAUUAUCGGAAGACACCACCAGUUUGGCAUCUUCAAGUGCCAUAUCUAAUGAACAGUUUGCUGAUGAAGAACGAUGGUUUAGAGAAAUGAUGGAUCCUGACACAGAAAGUCUUGGGGAAGAGGGAAAGAAGUUUGAAAUGACACCUUUGGAAGAACUGAAUAGAGAAAGAGUAAUGGGCAAUGAAUUUCAGAAUGAAACAGACUUGAGUGAUGUUACAAGAGCAACAGAUGAUGAUUGCUUCAGUACUGAUGCUACUGCUGUAAGCGAAGAACCGAAUGACUUAACUGAAUUGGAAGUCAAACCUACGAAACAAACAGAAUCCGUAACUGAAAUAUUGGAUUUAACUAAACAGGAUGAUGAUGAUGUCAAUAGAGAAAAAUCUGAUGCUUGUCCAGGUUAUGAAAGUAACGACAAUAAUCUUGGUCUUGUUGCUGGUCAACAGACAGAGCAACUUGAUCUUUCUUGUAGUAGCAAAUUAGACAAUGAAACACAAGUACAGACCUUUGCUGAAACUGAUGGUGAGAAAGAGGAAGUUGAUAAAGGUGAUAGCAGGAAUGAAGAAAGAGAUGUGACAUUCUCACCUGAGGCUGUACUGGAGGCACCUACACUUGGUCAGACUGGUAAUGUUGAGGAACCAUUUCCUCUGUUAACUGAUAAAGUAAUGAGUGAAUUAGGUGGUGCAGAGAAUGGCCAGUUGACAGAAGAUGGCAAUGAAACUGCAGAUGAGCUGGCUGUUGAGACGUGUGAAGAUGAAGAUAUGGACAGUCAAACAAGAUCUGAUAAUGUGAAAACAGAUGAAACUAAUGUGGGAAGUGGAGUGGCUUUUGAUGCUUUUUUAUCUUCUGGUGUUGCUACAGUUGAACACUGCAAACCAACAACAAUGGUAGCUGCAGAUGUUACACCUGCCACAGUCUCUCAGUUUGAUAACGAUCGUGAUAGUGAUAAAUUAUUGGAAGCAUCACAUGAUGAGGGCAACUACCCAGAAGGUAGUCCUCUUGAGACAGUUGGUCAGAACAAUUUGAAUCGUUAUCUUUCAUGGAACAAUGAUGCAAUUGACCAGUCGGUGCCUGAGCGUAGACUUCAACUUCUAGACAUUGCAAAAGCAAAUGAGUCAGAUGAAACAGUUACAGAAGUCAUAGUCAGCCCAUAUGGAGACAGGCAAUCAAUGUUGCUUGAUCACUUUACGAGCAACAAUGGCAGCCAUGUUGUGGAACACAGAAAAGAUGAACAAGUUGGAGAUGAUGACUCAGAAUGUGACGAUUCACUGGAAGAUUACGAUAUUCUGCCUGAACUGCCUGACACAGAUAUUAGGGUGACAACUCAGAGUGAGGCUAUUGGAGCUGAGCUCAAAGCAACAAUAAAAGAGCUAGACUUGUCAGACAAAUUCGACAUGCAAAGACUGAUUGGAUUUGAAGAUGAUCAUUUCUCUCAGCCAGAGCUUCUAGGUCCCAAUGCUACUAUUGAGGAACUAAUCCAAGCAGUUUCUAAUCGUGUCAGCAAGUUUAAGGCCAGUCAUGAAAUGCUAGACGAAGGAAAGCAGAGACUGGUGAUGGAGAUCGUACAGCUACGUUUACAAAUUCAAGAGCUCGUGGAAAGUGGUGGUGAAGGACCAACAUCAAAGGUAGUAUUGGGACACAGACUUCUACGAAAGAGAAAGAGUCCCGGCAUUAAACGUCACUGUGACCACUGCAAGAUGAUCAUUUGGUGCAUCAUUCAGACAUGGUAUCAGUGUGAAGGUUGUAAAUAUAGCUGCCACAGGAAGUGUUUGUCUUCUGUUAGCAGAAGCUGCCCAUUAACAAAGGUUACUGACUCAAAGCUGUGUACUGAUAUUUGUCCUGAGCAUGGAUUAUCCAAUCAGAAAUACAAAUGUAUGGAGUGUCGCCGCAAGAUCUCAUUCCAGCCACGGGGUGGAGUGAGUGAAGCUCGAUUGUGUGACUACACUGGCUACUACUACUGCGACAACUGCCAUUGGAAUGACACUCACAUUGUUCCUGCUCGAAUCAUACACAACUGGGAUUUUAGUCCACAGAAAGUAUGUAGACAGGCGAAACAGGUUGUCUCAAUGACGGUACUUCAUGCCUGUCUCAAUAUCCAACAGUUAAAUCCAUUGUUGUUUAACUAUGUGACAGAACUAGCGGAAAUGAGGAAACUCAGGGAGGAAAUGUUGGUGAUGAAGAAGUAUUUUUUGUCAUGUCGGACUGCUCUUGAGUGUGGACUACUGAAUCUGUUGCAGGAACGACAACAUUUCAAGGAAAGUUCUGACAUUUACUCCUUACAAGACCUCGUGGAUCUGGCAAGUGGAGUACUCAUUUCUGAAAUUACUGACAUACACAGGAAGUUUGCCUUGCACAUUCGCAAUGACUGCCACCGAUGUCAAGGUAAAGGCUUUUUCUGUGAGAUUUGUCGGGCAGAUCACGUGAUCUUUCAUUUUGACAUUGAUGCUGGGAUGUGUGCAGAGUGUUCUACUGUUUACCAUCGAGCUUGUCUUAACUCUAAUCAGUGCCCAAAAUGUUUGCGUUUGGCACAGAGAAAGAAGGAGUAUGUGCUCUGAGUGUAUACAUAUGUAACUUGUCGGACCAUGUGCAUACAAUGUAUGUACCUCUCUGCUUCUAUUACUUUAUACUGUACCGUGUGCUUUAUGCCACUAUUUUUGUAUUGGACAUUUCUGAUUAUACAAAGCUUAUAGGAUACGAGUAUUUUGGACAUGCAGAGUUGGUGCCAGUCUAGUGUUGGAUGGCGAAUGUGUGAGUAUGAAUACAAAGAAUACAUAGCAUACUUUUGCUGUUGUCAUCUCUUA